UUACUUUACUUAUUAAGGGAAUUGUAGCACCUGUGUUGAUUACCAAGUGUCAAAAUUGCGAAACGUAUUUGUGUGGACUGGUGGUGCAAACGAAUGACGUAUGCUCUUGGCGUGGUAGAACGGCAGGAACUUGUAUUUCAAUAGCUAUUAAUUAUCAUAAAUGUUGCCUAACCAUGCUAGGAAACUCAAUACGUAUAACAGCCCAUAUAACAGUAUCGUGCGUGCUAUUGUGUAGUUUAAUUUUAUGUAGUGCAAAGACAGAUAUUGGAAAUGCACAUGAAUCAUUCAGCAGACUUCCCCGGUCCGAACCAGCAACAGACGUCAAAUUGCAUGAAGAAAAACAGAAGUCAUCUGUAUCUGUCAGACCACCAGCACAAGACAAGAAAAAUAAAGAUGUCACUCCGUCUACGAACGUUUCACAUGCCAACAACGUGACAGUAACUGAACAAUCUGCUGGUGAACAGACUGGUGGCAGGCCACAACGUAACUUGAAUUCCGGAGCUCUUUUGCGAGGGUUUUCAGUUUUUGUUGGUCUCAGCGCCAUUGUCGUGAUAUAUAUUGUAAUAAGGGCGAUAAGUAUGAGAAGAAAGAAAACUACAGUCAGAAAAUAUGGGAUUCUGACAAACAGAGAAGAUGUGGAAAUGACCCCUCUAGGAGCAGAAGAUGAUGAAGAGGACACAACUCUAUUUGAUGUUAGUAACCAAACGAGGCCAUAAUGAUACACAUGAGUUGUGACGGGUUUUCUCAGUAAAUUUACAUAAACAUCUUGAGACUGGAGUGCUAACUUGCUGCCACUUCUUCGUGUUAAGAGGUUUUGUGCAUUUCUUAAAGUGACUGCAGCUGUUUCGUCAUGUUAUGGACGACUGUUAUGAAAUGCACGUUGACCAGGCUACUUACAAAGAGAGAACUAUUUUAGUGUGUGUUGUUCUGCAACUCUUUUCCUGUCAGACAGUAUUUGUUUACCUGUCUGCAUUAAUGGUUUACCUUAAAUAUCUCUGAGAAAAAUAGUACUCUCAGAUAGUGAAAAAAGAAAAAAAGAAGGGGGAAAGCUUUUUGUUGAAAAUGACAAUUGUGUAAGUGUGGAGAUAAAGGAUAACAUGACUGGUAAAAUCUGUAUUUCAAAAUGGUGGACAACAUACUUAAUUCUGCCUUUGACAAAGUAACAUUAACUAACAUUUACAAUAUUUAGACUGAAUAAUCAUUUAUUUACUUUUUAUCCAUUUGAACUGAUAAAUUGGCCUAAUGCUUCUGAAAUAGAGGAAAUGCUGUGAAAUUUUUGAUCUGUCCCAUGUUCAAAAUAUGGAGAUGUGGAAGUUGCUUCAGUCAGACAACUGGCAAAAUUUUAGAUACAUAUUUUUUUAUUGGCAUAAAAAAUAUUCCAAGCAAUCAUUACUUUUGUUGUAGGUACCCUUCUUUUAUUAUCAAAUUCCCCGAGUGUAUUCUGUAUCAGUUAGGUCAUCAGAUCUGAAUUUUAAAAAACAUUUUUAUUUUUGAAAUAUUGAAUACCUUGUUAAUGAAUGCUUGGUUUCCUAAACAGAUGAAUAUCCUUGUUCUAACAGUUGGAACCCAACCAGCUCUCUUGAAAAGAAAGCCCUGCAGGAGUUUCAUCAAAAGCUGUGACUAAUUUUAAUGUUAAUUGCAGAUAUGUGAAGAAAUUGGAGAAAGCUGUUUUAUAUCAUAUCUAAAAGCUUUAACUGCCUCUAAAGCAAUAUAAAAAAGAGGCAGCUUUGACUGAUCAAAAGAUGGCAAAAAAAGAAAAUAAGCUAGAAGUCUGAUUUGUAAAUGCCUGAUUUAAUAUGUACAAAUUGUUGCUAACAUGUUAUGUAAAUAAAUUAUUUUGACAACA